AUGCCAGUCCAGAACCCAGGAAAAUCAAUAUUAUCCCCACAAGUCAUAGACAUCAGUAUACCAUUCCAGAACCCAGAAAAAUCAAUAUUAUCCCCACAAGUCAUAGACAUCAGUAUACCAUUCCAGAACCCAGAAAAAUCAAUAUUAUCCCCACAAGUCAUAGAUGUCAGUAUGCCAGUCCAGAACCCAGAAAAAUCAAUAUUAUCCCCACAAGUCAUAGAUGUCAGUAUGCCAGUCCAGAACCCAGAAAAAUCAAUAUUAUCCCCACAAGUCAUAGACGUCAGUAUGCCAGUCAAGACCCAGAAAAUAUCCCAACAAGUCAUAGACGUCAGUAUACCAGUCCAGAACCCAGGAAAAUCAAUAUUAUCCCCACAAGUCAUAGACGUCAGUAUGCCAGUCCAGAACCCAGGAAAAUCAAUAUUAUCCCCACAAGUCAUAGACGUCAGUAUGCCAGUCCAGAACCCAGAAAAAUCAAUAUUAUCCCCACAAGUCAUAGACGUCAGUAUGCCAGUCCAGAACCCAGAAAAAUCAAUAUUAUCCCCACAAGUCAUAGACGUCAGUAUGCCAGUCCAGAACCCAGAAAAAUCAAUAUUAUCCCCACAAGUCAUAGACGUCAGUAUGCCAGUCCAGAACCCAGGAAAAUCAAUAUUAUCCCCACAAGUCAUAGACGUCAGUAUGCCAGUCCAGAACCCAGGAAAAUCAAUAUUAUCCCCACAAGUUAUCCCCACAAGUCAUAGACGUCAGUAUGCCAGUCCAGAACCCAGAAAAAUCAAUAUUAUCCCCACAAGUCAUUGA